CCAAAUGCGAUAACGAUAACGAAGUACAUAUGUAUAAAAUGAUUUGAGAAAUUAAGAAGCAUGAGCAAUGUGUGAUAACAAAUAUACGCACAAUAAUCUGACGCUGAAAUUAGCAACGAGCAACCCAGACAACAGCCGGAUUUGAGUAAGCAACAACAACAAAACGACUGAGAUAUAAACGACACGUCAACAUAGCGGCCUGAAAAUGUAUUGCCUGCAGUGUUUAUUACCCGUCUUACUUAUACCAAAGCCGACAAAUCCAGCGCUGAUGGAGACGCACGUCAUGUUCAUAGUACUCUAUUUGAUAGGUUUUUUUCUGGAACGCAAGCCAUGUACAAUCUGUAGCCUAGUAUUUCUCACUGCCGUCUCACUCAUCUGCUACAGCGGCGUAGGCAACUGCAUCUUCUGGGGCAGCUGCGAGGGUCAUCAUUGUGAGAAUGGCUAGAUGCCGUGCCCAAAUUCAGAGCGAAUAGUCAACGAAAUCGAGGCGGAAUGGAGGAGUGCUAAUUAAUUAAAUUCGUUUCGCGUUUGCUGCAGCUUUACAAUACAUACAAUUUGCAUAAACAAACAAUCAGUGAUAAAAGUGAGUGAGUCUACAAAAAGAGAAGAGGAGAACGUACAUGAAUGUUUGUCAACAGAUAAGAAACUCUAUUUAUCUGCCCGCCCUACAAGGAAAGCCAAUAACAAUAACUAUUCCAUCCCAACGCAUUCGAUAUUAGCGGCCUCUUCAAAAUGUAUUUUAAUUUAGCUAAAUUUUUGUACCACCCCUCCCCUUGAUCCUGCAAUCCUAAAUUUGUAUUCAAUGUUUUAUAAUUUUUUCUUUAGAAUUAGUAGAAGCGAAGUUCUUUUAAGCAAGCUCUACAAAAUGUAUUGUAAAUUUUUCUGAUUAUGCGAGAGCAAAGUUAUACCCGUCAAUGCAAACUUACGAUUAGUCAUAUUUAUAUAUAUUUAAAAAACCAAUUGUAAACAAUAG